CCGGUGCCACCUCUCCCAGCCCGCGGCCGUGCCACCCUGCCUGCAGCCUGCGCCGAGCCCGAAACCGUUAAACUAAUUAAAGCUUUGCAGCAGCGGGAUUAAGGCCGGGCAGGGGAGGUGGCAGCCCAGGUAGUCGAUUAGUUCACCAGGCGCGGAUAUUGGAUUUCUGCGCGGCGAGUCAGCAGUCUUCGGGGGCUGUUAUCUUUGCGAGGCUCCAGGGGUCAGGAGGUGGAUGCAGGGGUGGCUGUGAGUCCCCCCCCCCUUGCUCUCUAUCCCCCCCCUCCCCUUCGCCCGCCGCAGCGCCGCUCCCAUCCAUCUCUCUCCCUCCAUCCCUCCUCUCUUGUGUGGUCUCGGAUGGUGUUUUGUAACCAGCAAAAGGAAAAAAAAAAAAAAAAGGGGAAAAAAAAAAAAAAAAAAAAGAAGGAAAGCGGCCCUACCCCUGGCUAGCAACCCAGGAAUGGCGAAGUCCAGAGCGCCUAAUGCGAAACAUGUGGCAGCUGCCUGGGGCUGAGCAGAGGAGGUGAAAGUGAGCGCGGCGGCGCGGCGAGCAUCCCGACCCGGUGCUGCUGGGGGCUGCUGGGCGCUGCCCGGCCCCACGGCUCGGGGUGGGGGGCUGCAGGUGGGUUUGUGGGGUUGGGCACUUGCGUGGGGGGCACCGCUUCGUCACCGGCCGCGUGGCCCAGGGCAGGAGGGCAGCGCCGGGCGGUGCGGGGCUGACGGUGUGCGCGUCCUCGUGUGCCAGGGCGUGCCGGCGUGGGGAGGGCCCCGCGCCCCUAUGGAUCUGGGUACCGUACGGAGCCCUCGUCGGAACCCGGGGCGCAGAGCGGGGGAUGUGGGGUGGGGACACGGGAUGGGGACGUGGGACGGGGUCGCGGGACGCGGCUGUGCCCCGUUCUCCCCGUGGAGCCGUGCGCAGCGUGUGCGGCGAGGACCGGCUCCCAGCGGCUGUUCUGGAAAACCUCCUGUUUGCUUCCUUCCUGCCUGACUCCCCUCCAACAGCUCUCAGCUCCGGGCACAUUAGCAGAUUCAUCAGAGACUCGACCGGUCUUUCUAGCACAUAUUUUCCUGCUCCACAUUGCCCUCGGUGUAACUCUACACCCGGCAGCAACAGGGGCGCGUUUCUGCGGGGCUGCGCCCGGUGCCAGCGCCGCUGCGCCCGCGGGAGAGCGGGGAGAUGGGAGGGGGCUGAGGACGGCCUGACAGGUUUGAAUUCUCCUUCCCUGCCUUGUUGAUAAGUUGUCACGCUAAUCCAGACACCGGGAACAGCCUGGAUCACGGCGAGCCGGGUGUGUGUGUGUGUGUGUGUGUGCGCGCUGGGGGGAGGGAGGGAACAGGCAGAGCUUCACGCAGGGCUGUGGCACACGGCUCCAUGUGUCUGCACCCCUUGUGCCAACGGGGUCCCCGACCGCCGGCGUCAUGGGAGCUGCAGGAACAGCACGGAUCCGUGCAAAUCCACGCACACACACACACACACAAGGAGAUGUCCCACCCCGCACGGACAGACCCACAGUGCCGGGGGUCCGCGGGCGCUGCGGGGCCGAUGGGCUGACACGUGGGGGUCUCUGUGCUUGCUCGGCAGAUGGGAGCUCGGUCGCCUGCCAGCCCGGCGCACUGGAGAACGGUGCCAGCCCGCCUGCAGAGUGGUUCCCACGUGCCCAGGGCCCCCGCCAGCCCAGCAGCGACGGCGACGGCCCCGAACGCGGCUUCCGAGUGAACCUGCACUGCAAACACCCGCGGCCCAGAGAGCUCAAGUGCAAUAGCAGAAGCAGCAGCAAAGCCGAGGGUCCCCGCCUCACCUUCCCCGACCCCCAUGUCAGCACCUGCUCAGCCCAGCGGCACGCGGGGGAGGAGGAGGUCAGGAUGCGCGUGAAGCCCCCGGGCCCAGUGGUAACGACCAGCGUUGUGCGAGGCUCGCCCGACUACGUCCGAGAGCCCAAAUUCUACCCUCCGGGGCACCCGGCGCAGCAGCCCCCCGCUUGCCCGGCGGAGAAAGCCUUAUCCUGCAGCGUGCUCAGCUUCCCUGAGGGCUCGUGCCCGGCGCUCGGCCGGGAGCACCAGGCGGGUUCGCUGCUGCACGGCGACCCGGCCGACCGGUGCCAGGGCGUGCACGGCGGCACCAAGGAGGCCGAGGAGCUGCUGGGCUGCGCCGGCGAACCCCGGAUCCUGGGGGGCAGCGCGGAGGAAGCAGCCGCCCGCGAUCGGGCGCCCGACACCUUCCCCAACGCGACGCUGGCCUCGGGCCGCUGCAACGUCGACAGCAUCGUCGCGCUGCUCCGGAGCAAGUGCGGCAACGGGCACAUCAACCUUCACCCCGUGGUGCAGCUCAUCGACAUCAUGAAGGACCUCAACCGCCUCUCCGAGGACCUCAAGAGCAGCGGGGUGCAUCUGGACUGCGGCAGCCUGCGCGGCAGCGGCGGCAGCGGCGGUGGCCACGAGGACGGCCGGCUGCUGCCCGCCGACCGCGACCUGCAGUACAGCUUCUUCUCCUCGCCCUCCCUGGCCAACAGCAUCCGCAGCCCCGAGGAGCGUGGGGUGCUCUGCAAAGCCGAGCCGCCGCGGCAUCCCCGGCCCCCGGCCCGCGACGGGGAGGGUGAGGGCGGUGGGGGGAGCGCUCCGCAGCCCCCAGCCUCCGGCAAAGCGCCCGCCGAGGAAGCAGGGUGCUCACAGCCCGAUGCCGGUGACUACUCCGAGCUGGCCGAGGCGGACAUCCUCAACGAGCUGGCCUCGCUGGCGUGCCCGGGGACGCAGCUGCUGGAGUCGCAGCCGAUGGAUCCGCAGCCCCAGUUGCUCCCGGCUCAAGAGCUGGACUCCCAGUCCCGGCUGCUGGAUUCCCGGUCCCUGGAGUCGCAGCCCCAGCUGCUCGAUGCGCAGAGCUUGGAGCCGCUGCCGGAGUCGCUGGAACUGCAGAACCUGGAGCCGCUGGGGCUGCAGUCGCUGGAGCCGCUCUCUGAAUCCUUGGAGCUGCAGUCUCUGGAGCCGCUUUCCGAAUCGCUGGAGCUGCAGUCGCUGGAGCCGCUGGCCGAGCCGCUGGGGCUGCAGACGCUGGAGCCGCUGCCCGGAGCGCUGGAGCCGCAGCUCCUGGAGGCGCGAGCCCCGCUGCUGCCCUCCGAGCCAUCCCUGCUGCAGCCGCAGCCGCUGGGCCCCGUGCCGGAGCUGCUGGAAGCGCAGCCGGGCGCCGGGGAUCCCCUACGGCCCCACAGCCUGCAGCCCCGCCUGGGGGGCUGCCCGCUGAGCGGCGUGGUGAAACGCGGCCCCUGUGGGGGUCGGGGAGCCGGGAGGUGCGGAGAGGACCACCGCAAGUACGCGCUGCGCCGGACUGACAAACCAAAGAUGCUGUGCCGCCGGAGGAGGGCAGGGCGAGGGCGGAGGGCCGACGUUGUCCCCGAGAGCCGCGUCCUGCCCCUCGCCCUGCCCGCCGAGCUGCCCCCCGGGCCUGAGGAGCCCGGCACCCCGCUGCUGGCCCCCCCGCCGCCCCCCGAAGCCCUGGAGCCCGAUGAGGUGCCCAAGACCCCCGCGGCAGCGGGGAAGAAGAGCAAGUGCCGCGGGGUGCGGAAGAUGGUGGUGAAGAUGGCCAAGAUCCCGGUGUCGCUGGGGAGGAGGAACAAAACCACCUACAAGGUGUCGUCGCUCAGCAGCAACCUGAACCUGGAGGGCAAGGAGCUGGCGGCCAGCAGCUCCAUGGAGCCCACGCCGCUGCUGAAGAUGAAGAACAACGGGCGCAACGUGGUGGUGGUCUUUCCCCCCGGCGAGAUGCCCAUCAUCCUGAAGCGCAAGCGGGGCCGGCCUCCCAAGAACCUGCUGCUGGGCCAGGCCAAGCCCAAGGAGCCGGCCCCGGAGGUGAAGAAGAGGAGGAGGAGGAAGCAGAAGCUGGCCUCGCCGCAGCCCUCCUACAUCGCCGACACCAACGACAGCAAGGCCGACUACUCGGACGUGUUGGCCAAGCUGGCGUUCCUCAACCGGCAGAGCCAGUGCUCGGGGCGCUGCUCCCCGCCGCGCUGCUGGACGCCCAGCGAGCCCGAGUCCAUCCACCAGGCGCCCGACACGCAGAGCAUCUCCCAUUUCCUGCACCGCGUGCAGGGCUUCCGGCGGCGCGGCGGCAAGGCGGGCGGCUUCGGCGGGCGCGGAGGAGCCCAUGCGGCCCGCGCCUCCCGCUGCUCCUUCAGCGAUUUCUUCGAGGGCAUCGGCAAGAAGAAGAAGGCGCCCGCCGCCCUGCACGCCGACCCCGUGCACCCGCGCAAGAGGGGCCGGCCGGAGCCCGACCCCGUGGGCAAACCCAAGCGCAAGCGGCGGACCCGCAAGAACGGGGUGCUGUUCCCCGAGCAGAACCCCGGGCAGAGCUUCAGCGACAGUGCCUCCGAGUGGGCCGGGGAGAAGGGCAGCCCCUGGGCCCCGCACCACGGCCACGCCGCCGGCCAGCCGGGCCGCAACUGCGGCUACCAGGGGGCCGAGGCCCGGCCUUUCCACGCUGCCGCGCUGGAGUCGGGCUCCUCGGGCCGCGCCGGCUUCUACGCGGGCGGCGCCGGCUCCUCGCAGGCCGAGGUGGGCCAGGAGCGGCACAGCCUCUUCACGGGGUACUUCCGCUCCUUGCUGGACUCGGACGAUUCCUCCGACCUGCUGGACUUCGCCCUCUCGGCCUCGCGCUCCGAGUCCCGCAAGUCGGCUGCCUACGCCGCCCCCCCCGGCGCCAUGGCGGCCCAGCGGGGCGGGCUGGCCGCCUACCCGGCACGUGGCGGCAAGGUGCCGGCAGCCGCGGGCCCCGGAGCCGAGGCCUUCCACGCCGCCAUGCAGGCCCGGCAGGCUUUCCCUCCCGGCCGCCCGGCUGCCGGUUACGGCGUCGGCCAGGCGGGCUCCUCGGAGUGCCGCGGUGCCGAGGCCUUCCCCAAACUGGUGCCGCCUUCCGCCGUCUCCCGCUCGCCCACCGCGCACCCGGCGGGCACGGCCGGCUACCCGCAGUACGGCGGGUACAGCGCGGGGCAGAGCGUGGCCCCCGCCGGCGUCUUCCCCCCGGGGAAGCAGUACCCCCCGGCGCAGGACUGCCCCACCAGCAAGGACUGCAGCUUCGCCUACGGCAGCGGCAGCAGCCUGCCCUCGUCCCCCAGCAGCGCGCACAGCGCCGGCUACGCGCAGCAGCAGACCGCCGGGCCCAGCCUGCCGCUGGGCAAAGCCUCCUUCUUCAACAGCGCCGAGGGCGGGCAGUUCUCCAGCGCCUCGCACACCCCGCUGCGCUGCGACAGCCGCGCCAGCACCGUCUCUCCCGGCGGCUACAUGGUGCCCAAAGGCUCGGCCUCCUUCCAGCCCUCCCCCGAGAACUGCCGGCCGUUCCCCAGCGCGUCGCAGUGGGCGUUCCGGCAGGGCUACGGCGGGCUGGAGUGGAGCUCGGAGGCGUUCAGCCAGCUCUACAACCCGGGCUUCGAGUGCCACCUCAACGAGCCCAACGUCAUCCUGGACAUCUCCAACUACACCCCGCAGAAGGCCAAGCAGCAGACGGUGUCGGAGACCUUCUCCGAGUCGUCCUCCGACAGCACACAGUUCAACCAGCCGGCCGGGUACCGGCGCGCCAACAGCGAGGCCUCGUCCAGCGAGGGCCAGUCCAGCCUGUCCAGCCUGGAGAAGCUGAUGAUGGACUGGAACGAGGCGUCCUCGGCGCCCGGCUACAACUGGAACCAGAGCGUCCUCUUCCAGAGCAACUCCAAGCCCGGCCGGGGCCGGCGGAAGAAGGUGGACAUGUUCGAUGCGUCACACCUCAGCUUCUCGUCCUCGUCCUCCUCCUCCUCUGUCUACCCCUCCAAGCGCAGCACGGGGCCCCGGCAGCCGCGGGGCUCCCGCGGGGCGUGCGCCUCCAAGAAGGAGCGGGGCACGGGCAAGGCCAAGUUCCCCAGCAAGGCGCAGGCGGUGAACCCGCUGUUCCACGAGAGCACGGACCUGGGCUUGGACUACUACAGCGGGGACAGCAGCAUGUCCCCUCUGCCCUCCCAGUCGCGGGGCUUCGGGGUGGGCGAGCGGGACCCCUGCGACUACGCCGGGCCUUACUCCAUGAACCCCUCGACGCCGUCGGACGGGACGUUCGUGCAGGGCUUUCAGAGCGACUCGCCCGGCUUGGGGCAGCCGGAGCUGGAGGGCAAGCACUUCCCCGCGCUGCCCCACCAGCUGGCAGCCCCCGGGCAGCAGGCUGUCUUCGAGGCCGGCCUCCAGAAAGCCUUCUCGCCCAACUGCUCGCCCACCCUGGCCUUCAAGGAGGAGCUGCGGGCGGGCGAGCUGCGCAAACUGCCCGCCUGCGACUCGCUCAAGCACAGCAUGCAGGGGGGGGCUCUGCCGCACGGCCCCCACGUGGCGUGCCGCGACCUCGCCAUGCCGCAGCCGCACUACGAGUCCCCCAGCUGCAAAAACCCCCCGUAUUGGUACUCGCCCACCGCCAGCACCCGCAGCCCCUCCUCGUACGACGGCAAGGCGGGCGCCGGCAUGCUGGUGGACUUCAUGGGCAGGACGGACCCCUCGUGUCUCAACCCCCAUUUGAGCAGCCCCGGCGGCCCCCACCCCUCCAAGGGCGAGAAGGAGCCCUUGGAGAUGUCGCGCGCCCACCACCGCGCCCCCUACGCCUGUCCCCUGAUCAAUGACUUGAACAUCUCCCCCGUCCCGAGGGACUCCAUGCUGCAGCUGCAGGACAACUACAGGUACCCCACGUUUGCACCCCAGGGGCACCCCGUCAUGGCCCCCGCCCAGAAGAGCGGGUUCUUGGGGCCGAUGGUGGAGCAGCACCCCGAGGACACGUUUACGGUCACCUCAUUGUAGUGCCACUGACGUGCCAAGCGGACAGCGAGGUUUUGUUACAGGAGGUAAUUUAGCCAGCACUUUUUUUCUGGAACACUUUUCAAGUUCUGUAUUUAACUGGGAUUGGAACCGUUUGUUUGUUUUUUAUGAAA